AUGACUAGCACAGAAGAGAAUGACUAUGAAGCAUUUGUAGCUGCAGGAGAAGUACAAAACACUGGUGAUCCAAUGGCUAUUGAAUUUGAAAGCAAUUAUAUUAAAAGCAACGAAUAUGGAAGCAAUAACUACGAUAGUGACAGUAGCAAUGACUAUUCGUCUGAACAUGCUCAUGGUUAUUUGCAUAUUUGCAACCCAUUAAAUUCCAGAAAUAUACCAAUUGAGUCUGAGGUUACAGAAAACGGGAAUGAAGAGACCCAAGUUUUUUUUUACAAGGCAAAUACUAAUGCAGAGGCUGCCACAUUAGAGUUAUUCUCCAUAUUUGUCAAAAAUAACAUAUCUCAUAAUGUUUUUGACAAGUGUGUCAAAAUUCUUAUCAACAUUUUAGCUACAACCAGUUCAUUUAUGACAUACUACAAGAAGAAUAUGCUGCUGAAGGAGGAAUACACUGUCCAUACAGAUGUUUAUGAUAUGUAUAAGAAAGGUUGUGUGUGCUUCUGUGUUGUAAAAGCUGGACAUCAGAUAUUCAAGAUUGUGACUCUCUCACAACAGUUGAAAUUCAAACUAAGCCAUAGCCAGAAACAAGCCAGAAUGGCAUAUGGUAGAAGCUGUAUCAUGGCUGAUCACGUCAGUGAGUUUUUGGAUGUGUUCAAUGGUAAUGUUGUCUACAGACUGUGUGAAAGCAGUAUAGUUGGCCAGGAUAACAUUUUGAUUACUAUAUUCAUUGACCAGUUCAACUCAUUUGAUGAUACUAAGAUGUCGGCAACUAUAAUUCAUAUUGUCAAUUUUAAUAUUAAUCUAGAAGAAAGAUAUAAGAGUGACAACAUGAUACAGCUGGCAAUUAUAUCUGAAUCAAAGCAUCCAAAAAAUAUUGGAUCCUUCUUGGAGUCAAUUAUUCAAGAUUUGCAGAUACUGACAACUUCAGAUAUCUGGAUACAGGCCUUUACAGAGCAGGUGAAUAGAUAUGGUUUCAAGGGUCUAAAUGUGUUCAGAGAUCUCCCUACGUUAACCAGCUAUGUUUUCUUUGGGCUUGAUGAGAUGCAUCUACUUGGAUAUGAUAUAGGCAAACAACUAUAUACAGCAUUGGGUGGCAAGUUUCAGAUUAGUUCAGAGAUCACACACAAUGAAAAUCAAUAA